UUCUAUUUUAAUGGCAAUCAGUCAUGAAGUUUAUCGACCAUACAUUUUUACAGAAGAUGAAUGAAUACAUUUAUUUUUUUCAUAAGGUGCCACAAAGUAGCAUUUGUUAGAAAAUGUAUUUACCCACACAACUCGAUCAAAUAAUCAUUGUACUCAUUUAAACAUUAUUCGAAGGACAAUUCUUUAGUGUCAUAUAACUUUGUUUGUAUUUCAGUAUCAAAAUAUAAAUAUAUAUGUUCAAAAUCAAUCUGUGCUAUCAAUGGCAGCUGGGGAGUAUGAGUUGGAACGUUUGUACUAGGGCCUUUGUGCCGUGGAACAGUUUUUGUGUAACACCGGGUCGGACCAGCGGACUUUUUGAUUUUCCCCUCGUCGCAGAUCAACAGAAAAACAAUAUUUACGUUCAGAAACCCAAACAGUUACUUCUACAAUGACGCUUGUUUUUCUUUUACCGCUCACUGUUGAUCUUCUACAUUGUUGACUACAGUUUACAAACUCUAGAGUGAAACUAAUGUCAUGUUAAUUCACAAACACAUACCCACACGUCUGUUUGAGACACUGCAACAUCAUCCUGAGUAUGAGCACUUCAGAUCGUCCUCUAAAACAGAAAAGCUACAUGGGGCAACACCAGAUCAAGAAGAAAAAAACUCUUCAGGCUCCUGAUGAGCCACUACAUGGAGACAGGCUGUUGCAGAAAACCCAUUAUCAGUCAGAGAAAAGAAAUGGAUCUGAAAACACCAGCAGAGACAGCCUCAUGGGUGGACGAUCAGUGUUGCCGCUGGGGGAAUCUACAUUAGCUCUUGAUGAAGAGAUGCUCCAGGUGCUGGAUGCUGUUGAAACUGUAAAGCCAGCAGCUGAAGCACAAGAACAGCCAGUUUCAUCAGCUGCCUUUGCCUCUUUACAGUCUCUUGCACCAGUUGCACAUAAUAACAGUGACGGUUUCAGAGCACCUCCUCAACCCAUAGAUAAAGGACCCCACAGUGGCUGUAAAAGAACAGGGUGGAUGUCUGAUAGUAAAGACCUUGCUCAGAAACUUCUCUUCAGUGAAGAUUUAGAGGAAGUGGAGCAUGCUCAGAGGGCUUCAGAAAGCCCGGCUUCUACCUGCAUUAAUUUUGAAAUAAAAAGUGAUCAGCAACCAGGCAGCUCCAUCAAGCAGAGGCCUACGCCCAGAAGAAAGAGCUCUCCUCUUAGUGAAGAGAGUGGAUUUAGUAAGGCUGCCGAUCCACCUUGUGAUGCAUCCAGAGACUACAUCUUGUUUAGCCCCACAUGCCUCGCAGCUGCUAUGAAGAGGGCCAAACUCCAGCAGUCAUUACAGAACCAGUCCACGUCUGUGCUGACAGCCCCCACUGGAUUAGAUCUUAGUGCUCUCAGCGAAACAUUACCUCAGCCAGGCAUUGCCUUAUAUGCUCCCUUGGAGCAACAUGAGAAGCUACUUUUAUCCAGUUGGGGUUUGCCAAAACCCAUCCUGGAGCGCUACCAGAAACACGGAGUAACUCACAUGUUUGAGUGGCAAGCUCAGUGCCUUACUGUUGGACGUGUGCUACAGGGAGGUAACCUGGUAUACUCUGCCCCCACUAGUGCUGGAAAAACUCUGGUGUCAGAGCUGCUGCUUUUGAAGCGCGUGUUAGAAACCAAAAGAAAAGCCCUCUUCAUUUUACCAUUUGUUUCUGUGGCCAAAGAGAAGAUGCAUUACCUUCAAAGCGUAUUUGAGGAGGCAGGAGUUUGUGUGGAGGGAUAUAUGGGCAGCACUGCGGCUGCUGGGGGGUUUGCGGCGCUGGAUGUGGCUGUUUGCACCAUAGAAAAAGCUAACUCCCUGAUUAACAGGCUUAUUGAAGAAGACAGUAUGGGCCUACUAGGCAUGGUAGUGGUGGAUGAGUUGCAUAUGGUUGGGGAUUCUGGAAGAGGAUACCUGCUAGAACUGCUGUUAACCAAAAUCCGCUACAUUACUCAGAAGCAGAACACCACAGGGUGUCUGUCUGAGGGUGUACAGAUAAUCGGCAUGAGUGCCACCCUGCCUAACCUUUCUCUCCUGGCAAGCUGGUUAGGUGCAGAGCUUUACCAGACAGACUAUAGACCUGUGCCCCUGCAGGAGCAUCUCAAAGUGGGCUGCAACUUCUACGACAAGAGCCUCUCUGUGGUCCGACAGUUCACUCCUGCACUCAAGAUUAGGGGUGAUGACGACCACAUAGUGAGUUUGUGCUAUGAGACGGUGAGAGAGGGCCACUCUGUGCUGCUUUUCUGUCCCUCAAAGAACUGGUGUGAGAAACUAGCAGACAGUAUCGCCAGAGAAUUCUACAACCUCAGUCAUACAGAUCGUAAGGGUGACACUGACCUCCAGCCUGUGAGUCUGGAUCAAGACGGACUAGUGGAUGUUUUGGCUCAGUUGAGACGAACUCCCGCUGGACUAGACGGCAUACUCCAGCGUACUGUUCCAUGUGGGGUGGCCUUCCACCAUGCAGGUCUGACAUUUGAUGAACGAGACGUGUUGGAGGGAGCUUAUCGUCAGGGCAUGGUCAGAGUCUUGGCUGCCACCUCUACCCUCUCCUCAGGAGUUAAUCUCCCAGCUCGCAGAGUCAUCAUUCGAACACCUACCUUCAAUGGACACCUGUUGGACCCGCUCACGUACAAACAGAUGGCUGGACGAGCUGGGAGAAAAGGUGUAGACACUAUGGGUGAAAGUGUGUUGGUUUGUAAAGAGGCAGAGCGUCAGAAAGGUAUCACUCUCCUGAAAGGUGCUCUUCAGCCUAUCAGCAGCUGUCUGGUGAGAAGAGAAGGAGAGGGUGUCACCACUAGCAUGCUGCGAGCCAUCCUGGAGAUAAUUGUCGGUGGUGUCGCCAGAACUCCACAGGAUGUGAAGUCAUAUGCUUCCUGUUCUCUACUGGCUGCCAGCAUGAAAUGUGAUGGCAAUAACAAAUCAAAUGAAGAGACCAACAAAGGGGCGAUUGAGGCAUGUGUCGAAUGGCUUAUGGAGAAUGAAUUUAUUAGCAUCCAGAAGGACGAACAAGAGGAGCAAUAUUGUUCCACGCAGCUUGGUGCUGCCACCCUUGCAUCCUCCCUCUCUCCUCCUGAGGCUCUUGGAAUAUUUGCAGAUCUCCAGCGGGCAAUGAAGGGGUUUGUGUUGGAAAACGAUCUGCACAUUCUCUAUCUGAUCACUCCCCUGUAUGCAGAGUGGACUACCAUAGAUUGGUAUCAGUUCUUCUGUCUGUGGGAACAGCUCUCGUCAUCGAUGAAAAGAGUAGCAGAGAUGGUCGGUGUCCAAGAAGGUUUUCUCGCAAGGUCUGUCAGCGGCAAACUUGUCGCCAAGACGGAAAAGCAGCGUAGACAGAUGGCAAUUCAUAAACGGUUUUUCACCACCCUUGUUCUACAGGAUCUGGUGAGUGAGGUGCCUCUGGGAACAGUGGCAUCGAAAUACAACUGCAAUCGUGGGCAGUUGCAGUCUCUCCAGCAGUCUGCUUCUACAUAUGCAGGUAUGGUCACCGUGUUCUGUAAGCGUCUAGGCUGGCACAACAUGGAGCUUCUGUUGUCUCAGUACCAAACCAGACUGAGCUUUGGAGUCCAGAGGGAGCUGGUCGACCUCGUCAGGGUUUCCCUAUUAAAUGCAACACGAGCCAGAGCACUUUACGCACAAGGGCUCUGUACUGUUGCUGAACUAGCCAGGGCUUCUUUGGCCGAUGUGGAGAAAGCCUUAAGGAAUGCAGUCCCAUUCAAAAGCUCCAAACGUGCAGUGGACGAAAGUGAGAAGGAGGCAGCGGAGAGACGGAGCCUUCGCUGCGUCUGGGUGACCGGUGGACGGGCCCUGACGGAACAGGAAGCAGCCACUGAGAUUGUUUCUGAGGCAAGGCUCCUCCUUCAGGAAGACCUGGCCCAGCUUGGAGUUCAGUGGAACCCAAUAACACAUCUUCCUGGGGCUCCUGCAGACGACAACAAUGACCGUCAUCACAGCAAAGACCCAGAAUCCUUAUCUGGCUCAUAUCUCAGUUCAAAAGAAGCUCAGACUGAUAAUACUGAAAAUAAUCAAGCAGUAGAUAGGCAUCAGAAAACGAUUUGUACCAGAAAAGGUACAAAUAAUGCCCGACAGAAGGAGCAGGAUUGUGUAAGUGACAAAAAAGUGGCUGAAAGAAAAAUGGAGAAACCAUUAGGUGAAGUUGGUAAAACAGAAGGGAAGUCAAAACCUGUUGACAAGGGAGUAAACGGAAAGGAGGAUCGGACAGACUUAGAAGUCAGACAAACAGGCGAUGAGGUGCAAGACGAAAGUGGAAAAGACACAAAGAAAACCAAGAUAAAUAUAAACCUGUCCACGUUAAAUAAACCAAAAAACCUAGAUGAAAAACAAGACCGACGGAUGGCCACAAGGUCAGAGAAAGAAGAGGAAGAGAACAAAAAAUUAGAAAAAACUGUGGAGAAACUCUCAGCUAGACCAGGGGGUCACCAAGCAAAAUGCCCUGUCCCUGAAAGAAGCCUGACACAAGAACUGGCUGAGAUUGUAAUAAGCCCUCUGCCUCAAGUUCUGCCACAGCCUCAGCCAACCACUUCUCCAAUGCCGCCUUCUCGUUUCAGAGCCCCAAUAUCUUCAGUGGUAGAACAACAAAGUGUUUCCACACGCACAUUAAAAGGAGAUGGUAGCACAGGACUCACUGUCUCACCUGCACAGCAAAGUAGAAUGAAGCACUCAAGAGCCUUAAGCAAAGUCCUGCAUUCCUUACAAUCUGACAAGUGUCUACAAGAUAAUGUAGAGACUGCACAAACAUCCCAGCUGGCAUCAGCUUACAACCCAGGACCUGCAGUCCUAGUGCCAAUCCCUGUUGAAACUGCUGGCCCAGCACAACAAACUCAUUCCACGGUUCCUGCUCCUAGAAAUGCAGACACAUUAAUUUCUCCACCACCUGUUUCCCCUGACUCGGCUCCCUUAUUUUCACCUGAAGCCAAAAGAAGGAGGAUGGGAGAGAUACAGAUGAAUACGUUUUCGUCUCCUGAGCUGUACGCGGGAGAUGAGCGAGAUGAAGAAGUUGAGGGAGUCAUUAGAAAAGGUGAAGAGAGUUUUGGUGACAGCUUUGAAUUGGACACGCAGACGGAGAGAAUUAUUGUUCAACAGACAUACCGCGACAAUGAAGGAACGAAUGAGAUAAUGGAAGCAGAAGAGAUGAAAGGGGAGGGAAAUGUAGAAGCAGACAUAGAGAUGGAGGGUGACACAGAGGAGGGAAAAAACAACCAAUGUCCUCGAUUCAGUAUCUCUCUUACAGAUAGCCAGAUGGAGCUCAUCCUGAACAGCAGCCAUCAGAUUUCCCCUGGCGGCGAUAACAUGGAUGAAGAUAAAAAUGAAGGCAGUGGUUUUGGCAAUGAAGCUCUUGACAACAAUCAGCUGGCUUCUGACAGUCUUAACAGAAGCAGUAGUUUUCUGUUCGACAGUCUGUAUGACAGUGCUCUGCUGGCUGGUUUGAGCCCACACAGGACCCCUCACCAGUCUGAUGAAGAGGAAUGCGUUGGCCAGGAAGACAAAAACGAGCGCCCUCUUCCAUCGACCCAGGAGCGACGGCACAGUGAGCUUCUUGCGGAAAAGCAGGAGGCAAUCCAAUGGGGUGAGUCCUCCUUCAACCUAUCAGAGUGGGGUGACUCGCUGCUUGUGGGUGAACAUUUUAUGGAGAGACAGAGUUUGCCCAGACAGACAACAAGAACUCAAAAAGAGGCUGAAGCCUGCCAUCAACCCAACACAGACCAUGUUCUGCUUAAGGAGCAGUUGUCAGAUUUACCAUCCGAACCUGGUGAGCCACAAACUGACUGCUCCGUUACUCCAAAUAAGUGUGACCUUAAUACAGCUGAACAGUUCACUCACGGUAAAAAUGACAAUACUAGGAGACAGGGAAAUGGAACACAGGAGGAGAAGGACAAAGAAUCAAUAACUAAUGUUUUAUUGUCAGAUAAUGCAGUGGAAAGUAAUCUUCACUGCAGCCCUGGUUUACAAGAGAUCUUUGACCGAUGGCCGACUAUGUCGAACCAGUCCUGGCAAAACACAACAACAAGCCAUACAGCCGCUGAAACACAUACUGCUGCAAACACUGUGGAUGCACCAGAUCCACCUCUGCUCUCAAAACGUGUGGGCCGAAAAGGGGGAAAGUUAAAUGUGCACCCUGCAGCGCCUCCUGCUGCUGCUGCUGCUGAAAUUGAACCUCAAUCAGCACAAACCUCAAGACUCAACUCUGAGAAGUUGACAGAGAGACCUGGAUCUGCUGGUGAUCUUAUUCCCCCCACUCAGGAAACACCACCUGUUACACCCAGAGUAAAACUAACCACCACCUCAGUCCAUUCCCCUUUCACCACCCAGCCACUUAAUCAGUCUACUCCCUCAACCAUACCACCCCGGAAAGCAUCAGUCCCUAAAUGUUGUACAACUCCCCCAGGGCACAGUAAUCACCGAACUGAUGCUGCUGACACUAAACAGUCUGAUUCUAUGUCUAAGUGGAGUGGUAAACACCAGCGAGGCCAAACAAAGGCUAUAACCAAAGACACACUAUCAGAAUCAGAUCGGAGGUCAAUUCCACAUUUAAGUCCAAAAGCCAAACAGACCCAGAACACCAGCCCACCUCAACGGUGUGCGUCUCCGUCCUCUCCCCGACCCAAGCCUCCACCUGACACAGAAUCUCCCGUGAUUGAUGAAGGCUUUUCGCUUCAGCUCUCCCAGGAUGCAUCGCUGUGUUCUAGCAACUCUGGAACUUUCACCAUCAUAGAUGUGGCAAGUGACAGGAGCCUUUUCAACACCUUCAUUGAUGAGUGGAAAACAAAGGAGCGCUACUCUCUGGCUUUAGCAUGUGAAAAGGGGGAAAACAGACCGCCACCUGAAGGGGAAAUUGAAGCAAAACACAAGAGAGCAUCUGCAGCUCAUCAGGUGUCCAGCAGGACUGAUGGUUUCCCAGUAAAAGACAGUGAUGGACUGGUGUUGAUUGGACUGUCUGUCUGCUGGGAAGCAAGAGAUGCAUUCUACAUAUCUCUGCAGAAGGAGCAGAGCAAAGGUUUGAGCUCUAGUCUGGCUCCUCCUCAACUGGAUGAUAAUCUGUCUGUGAGUGAGAGGCUGCAGCAGGUAAAGGCUUGUCUGAGCAGGUCAUCAACUGCUCUUAGUUCAGCUGUGGUCGUCACGUAUGACAUUAUCCCGGUGUACAAGACGCUAGUCCUGAGCUGUGGCAUCAGCUUGGAGGGCAACUUUGAAGAUCCCAAGGUAGCGUGUUGGCUGAUGGACCCCGGCAGCGAGGAGAGGACUUUACCCAACAUGGUGACUGUCCACUGUCCUGAAGAACUGCCUCUGCUGGACAGCCUUGGAAAUGCACACGCAUUCUGUCCUCGUGUUAGGGCAGCGAGCAUGAGUGUGCUUGUGCAUGCCGUCAUGAACCAUGUCACCAGCCUGCUGGAGAAAGAUGGCAUGCUUGAUGUAUUCAGGAGCACUGAGAUGCCUUCGCAGGUAUGUUUGGCUCUGUUGGAAUUGAAUGGACUGGGCUUCAGUGUUGAAGAGUGUGAGCGACAGAAACAUGUAAUGCAGGCCAAACUCACAGCGCUGGAGGCAGAGGCGUACAGCCUGGCUGGACACAGCUUCUCCCUCACUUGCAUAGACGACAUAGCACAGAUACUGUUCUUGGAGCUCCACCUGCCCCCAAAUGGUGAUGUGGUCGGAUCAAAGAGUAAGAAAACUCUGGGCUACGCCAGAAGAGGGGGAGGCAGAGUGCGGCUGGGAAAGCAGUUCAGCACCACCAAGGAUGUUCUAGAGAAACUUCGGCCAUUGCACCCUUUGCCAGGUGUGAUUCUGGAGUGGAGGCGGAUCACCAAUGCCUUGACUAAAGUGGUGUUUCCGCUGCAGAGGGAAAAACAAUAUCAUCCGACACUGGCCAUGGACAGAAUAUACCCAGUCGCCCAGACGCACACAGCCACAGGUAGAGUGAGCUUCACUGAACCCAACAUACAGAACGUCCCCAAAGACUUUGAGAUUCAGAUGCCUACAGUGGUGGAUGAGAGCCAACCUUCACAAAACAACCUCCAAAGGACCAACAAACCGCGGAGGAGACUUUCUGUCGUGCCCUCAGUUACAGUUGGAGCUGCAGGACAAGGCUCUGCUUUCUCCGUCAGUAUGAGACAUGCCUUUGUACCUUUUCAAGGUGGGAUGAUUUUAGCAGCUGAUUAUUCCCAGCUGGAGCUGAGAAUAUUGGCUCACCUGUCCAAGGAUCAAAGGCUUAUACAGGUGCUGAACGGAGGCGCAGACGUGUUUCGCUGCAUCGCUGCCGAGUGGAAAAGUGUUGACCCGGAGACUGUAAAAGACAACCUGAGACAACAGGCAAAGCAGAUUUGCUAUGGUAUUGUCUAUGGGAUGGGAGCAAAGUCUUUGGGAGAACAAAUGGGAGUGGAGGAAAAUGAUGCAGCCUGCUAUAUAGAGAGCUUCAAGGCCAGAUACAAAGGAAUCAACGCCUUCCUUAAACAAACAGUGAAGAACUGUGUAAAGAACGGCUAUGUUCAGACUUUGAUGGGUCGUAGGCGAUACCUCCCUGGAAUAACCAACACCAACGCACACAUCAAAGCACAUGCAGAGCGUCAGGCAGUGAACACGACGGUCCAGGGCUCAGCAGCUGACAUCGUCAAACUCGCCACUGUGAACAUCCAGAGGCGACUGAGAAGAGUGUAUCCUGCUGCUCCACUUUCUCAUCAGCACCCGCGCUCAGCCAGCAAGCAGCGCAGGGCCGGGUCGUCUCAUAUGAGAGGAGCCUACUUUAUCUUGCAGCUGCACGAUGAACUCAUCUAUGAAGCCACAGAGGAAGACAUCAUACAGGUUGCUCAGAUAGUGAAGAGGGAGAUGGAGUCGGCAGUGAAACUCUAUGUAAAGCUCAAGGCCAAAGUCAAAGUGGGACCCAGCUGGGGGAGCCUGCAGGACCUAGAUCUGUAAUGACAACGUAUUCAUGUUCCACUAGCAUGUACUUACUGCAAAGUAUUGUGAUGUAUGUAAAUACUAAAAUCUACACUAAUAUAUACACUUUUUAAAAAUAAUUUUAUUAACAGUAAUGAAAUGCAAGCCACUAGGAGGCCAUGAUUGAUCUAUGAACAUCAAAUGAACUAUUUAAUGUAUUUAACUGUAGUUUUGGGUAGUUGUUUGAUUUUGUGAGAAGUAUUGAUAUUGAAUAAUUUAAAUGAUUGUUACCAUGUAAAAAUAAUACUGUGGAAUUAAACUACUGUAAAAUUAAACUAUUUUGAAACUA